UGGUACAUACAAGUUCAGAGCGAGUUGAUAAUCUUGAGUGAACUACGCAAGCCAGACUAACUGGCGACUAUAUUUUUUGUGUAGUGUCGAAGAAAUCAUAAAGUUUUAGUGAAACGUAAUCUGGAAAUUAUAAAAUAAACAAUUUAUUUCAGCAAAAAUGUCAUCCUUGAGCAUCAUUACAAUCCAACCACUCUUGGCCUUCUUAACCCAUUUACUGGUAAUUCGUGGCACCUACUCCCAUUGCGAUAAAAGAUUAAUCCAUACUGGUGUCUCAGAGGAAGAAAAACAGUCCAUUCUAGAUGCCCACAACAAAAUGCGACAACGUGUGGCUUUAGGUCAAAUUAAUGGGCAACCACAGGCAUCAGACAUGAUGACAAUGACCUGGGAUAACGUGUUGGCCGCACAGGCACAAAACUGGGCCACCGCUUGUACUUAUACAGUACACGAUUCCCACCGUCAUCUAGAAGCAUAUUUUGUUGGACAAAAUAUUGCCACAAGAUGGACUACUCGAAAUCCCAGAUCAUUCCAUGACGCAAAACCAAGCUGGACAAAGGAUGCUAUGUCACCAUGGUUUUCUGAACACCAGAUGUAUAAUUUUGAACCGUUUACGCAUACACCAGCAUCCCAUUACACACAGUUAAUUUGGGCUAAAACAACAUUAGUGGGUUGUGGUUAUGCCUUCUAUGAGGAACGCCAAAGAUUUACCAAAAAGUAUGUGUGCAACUACGGGCCAAGUGGGAAUGUAAUAGGUGAAAUGCCUUAUCGUUUGGGUUACCCCAACUGUUACAAUCAUCGUCUAAGUCCCUCUAGAAAAUAUUCUGGACUAUGCGAAGAACCAGGAACCAACCAUUAUCGAAAAUAUGGAAGUGAUUAUUUUUUCAACAUUAAAUCUCACAAAGAAUGCGAUGGGAAUAGCUGUGGCAAUUAUAAUAAUGUUUUCCGAUACUUUCAUUUCUGAGAUAACCUUGCUGCUUAGGUCGUUAGAGAAUUUACGUGGUAUAGACUGCGAGAGACAUCUGGAAAGAAACGCAGGAACUGUGAAAGCUCUCAUUCCAAGGUUUUUAUCUACCAAGUGAAGGCUGUAUUCAGCUUUAGUGUAACAAGCAAAGAUGUCAGCAGUGCGUCUUAGAUAACACUUCAUUUUGUAACAGUUUUAAUGAAAAAAAAAAAAAUUUAAGAACGAAACGUAAUAUGUAAUUGUAUUUAACGAAUUAUUUAAGACAAAUACACAAAUAUCUCGAGUAACUAGAAAUAAU